AGGAAGCUCCCGAAAUCGGUUUCGCUCCAGUCGGCGGGAGGCUUUGCAAAGAGCCAGCCGGGAGCUGCGGCCGCCGCCACUGCACCCGCCGCCGGCAAACCUGUAGCCCGAAGCCUGACGGACGCCUGCCUGCCUCCCCUUCCCAUGCGGAGGGGAACCCCUGCCUGCUCGCCGGCUGAUCUCCCGCCCGGGUGCUCCUGGAGAUCCUUGUGACUGACCCAUGAAGCAAACCGGCGCAGGAGCUUCUCAAGUCCCCAGAGGAAGCACAGCCACUACUUGACAGGUAGGAAUGUGGAAGAAGGCCCUCAAGGAAGUUCCAAGCAUAUGCACCGAUCCCCUGAGGAGAAUCUCAGAGGACACAAUCCUGCAGCAGAUUCCAGGGAGGCCGGGGGGCUAAAAAUUGGACAGACUCUCUUCCCCUUGUGCCAUUGGUAUCAAGGCUUGUGUCCUUUGUUGUGACAGAUCAUUGACAGGGAGAUGCCCGGGCACUGGAAGUUCUCUGCAGCAUGCUGAGGAGACGUAACCUGCUCACCACACUCCUGAUUGCUUUGCCAUGGGGCCUUCUCCUCACUUUGUGGCACCAGUACCCAACCACCCGCUACCUCAGCCUCCUGAGAAAAGAAACCGAUGAAAAUGUGACGGCCAAAUCACUGUUCAAUAGUACAUCUCUUGUGAGGGAAGAAGGCUCAUUAUGCGCUCGACAGCCAGCUGUGGUGACAACUGCCAGAAUAAUCCGGAGCUAUGUAUACGCCAGGCCUCCCCCAUGGUCAGACACAUUGCCUGCCAUAUUUGUGAUCACACCAACAUACACCCGACCAGUGCAGAAGGCGGAGCUUACCCGGCUGGCCAACACUUUCCUCCAUGUGCAGAACCUGCACUGGGUAGUGGUGGAGGACUCUCCUCGAAGGACCAACCUAGUAUCUAAUCUGCUGGAGAAGGCGGGCUUCAAUUUUACACACCUAAAUGUUGAGACUCCAAAGAGUUUAAAAGUAGGCCUGUCCUGGAUCCCAUCUCACACUCCGAGGGGCACGUUGCAGAGGAAUCUUGGGCUGCAUUGGCUGAGGGAGAACUUCCGCAACACACCUCCACCAGAUGGCGUUGUAUACUUUGCCGAUGAUGAUAACACUUAUAGCCUAGAGCUUUUUGAAGAGAUGCGCUACACAAAGAAGGUAUCCGUAUGGCCAGUUGCCUUUGUUGGUGGCCUUAGGUUCGAGUCCCCAAAAGUGAGCCCGGCAGGGAAAGUGGUUGGCUGGAAAACUGUAUUUGACCCUAACCGACCCUUUGCCAUUGACAUGGCUGGCUUUGCCAUCAGCAUCAAACUGAUCCUGGAGAAAUCUCAUGCCAGUUUCAAGCUAGAUGGAGUGAAAGGAGGCUACCAAGAAACCAGUUUACUGAAGGAUCUGGUGACCAUGGAUGGAUUGGAGCCCAAAGCUGCUAACUGCACAAAGGUCUUGGUCUGGCACACAAGGACUGAAAGGCCAACCCUGGUUAAUGAAGGCAAGCGUGGAUUUACAGACCCAAGGGUGGAGGUGUAGAAAAUUCAUCCUGUGAUGUGGCACCAUCUCAGCAUCUCAGCACAUGUGCAGCACAUUACUGGAACAGUCAAGAUAACAUCCCAGUUGUUUCCAUAUCUACCAGCUUCCAAGUUCCCAAGAGCCAUAAAAGAAACACAGUCAAUAUGGUACCCAAUUCCACUGUCUACUUUCCCUGACCACUCACCAAACAUGCAGGUGGAAAGUAUCCUCUGGCUUUUGAGUUUUUAAUUUAGUUGUUGGGAAUACUUUUUGGAAAAAAAAUCAGCCACAGACUAAAAAUAAACUAUCAUGGGCAGCAAAAGAAGAACCAGGUUUCUACAGUGAACAGAACUCUGAUAAUCCUACAUCCUUGAAUGCAGCCCUGUUUUGUGGAGAACUGAAACAUGGUCUUUUAAAAACUUAACCCCAGCCAUGAGAAUUCAGGGGGGUGGGACAGCCCUGCAGUAUGAAAAGUGGGAAAUUCAGAACUGUUGCUUUCAGAACUGUUAAAAAGCUCCUCUUAUCUAAGGGACUCUGGCCAGAAGUUACGCAGUCAGUACCUGUACCUGCCAGUACCAAAAUGUACAUUUUCACCUGCAGCUCAUUCUUUAUGUGAGUGAAGAUUGACAUCACCUCCCUUUUGAAACUGGAAAAUUCUGAACAAGGUUCCAGAAACCUCCAGUGACUUGCAUCUGAAGGACAAACUUGAGCUAGAAACUGGGGUCACUUGACUCAAAGGCUCUGUGUUUGCGAUUCAGGCGGCAUUAAAUUUUGAUGCGCUGUAUUCUUUAGAGACACCAUUUCCCCCAUAAUUGUGAGAGGUAUCUAUUUCAACAAGUACAGUAUGCUUCUUUGCCUUUCUUGGUGCAUUCUUAGACAAUAGCAAGACUACAUGCUUCCUGGAGGCAUCUGGUUGACCGCUCCUUGGAAACAAGACACUGAACUAGAUUGACCCUUAGUCUGGUCCAGCGGGGGUCUGUGGUCUUUGUAUACUUCUGGAAUUGCUGGUGUGUCUGUAUUUCAGUUCAUGACCCAUCUGGACUGCUAUGAACUCCAGCAAUCCAAUAUGUUUGGAGUGAGCAGACAGUGUUCAGCAACACAGAGCCUCAGAUUCCCAAUUUCCACAGUGUUCCAUGUGAGAAUGUCAAAAAUGCACAAAACAGCAUCAUCCAGAAAUAAAACAUGAGUGACUUGGUAAAGGAAGCAAAAUGACUACUAAAAGCCCCAAUUGCUGACACUGGAACAAUAGUCAGUCGUAUGAAUGUCUAGAGAGAGCAUUCAUACCUAUUGGCAAUCAACGGCAGCCUUUGCAAUUGAGAAAAGUUUGUCAGGAUUAUCAGGAAGACUUAGGAAAAGGCUGGAUUCAAGGAAAAACUACGGAUUUAUGAGCCAAAUCCUGAAAAAGAGGGGUGGCUUGAAAGCACAAGUGUUCAUCUCUGAAAUGGCCUGCAUUCACACAACAAAGAGCACAUCCUGGGUGUUUCCAUAUGUAUUGGAAAGACUCAUAAAUGAAGAAACAGAAGGAAGACAUUUUUUAAGCAACUGAGCCACUCCUGCAAAUGAUUCUGAAACGACAGGAUGCCUAUUUGUGUUUGUUGACUUAUUUAUAACCUGUGUCUGAUCUGCCUAUUCCAUUUAUAUUAACCUGGUUCAUCGGGCAUGUUUAUGAUUAAGAGUUUUUCCCCAUUCCUUCUUCUGAAUCUUCGUAGGAAAUAACUGAUUUCAUACUCAAGCUGCUGAAAUGCCAUAUAUAUUUCAUGCUCACUGCAUUAUAAAAAAAAACAAAAACCCUGGUGUCUUAAAUUAGCAAAAUAAUUAGAAGCACAGUAAUGAGGGAAGUUUUAAAUCUGAAAGAGACUAUGUGGGUGUUCAGGUUGGCAGAAAGGGUUUAAUGAGCUUUUCAAUUCUUUUACCAGCUGCUUCUUUGAGGUAAACCAUGGAGGUCAUUUCAUUAUGGCACAUACCUCCAACACAGCCCUGAAAGAUUUCUGAGGAAAAUUACCUAUUACAUUUUAUCACGCCUUUCAUGCAAGAAGUUCAGGGUGAAAUACAUAGUUCUGUCCUCCUCCAUUUUAUCCUCACAGCUGCUUUAUGAGGGAGGUUAGAAUGAUCGGCCCAUGGACAACAAAUGAGUCUCUGGGCUGAACAGGAAUUUGAACUUGGGCCUCCAAAGCUCCAGUUCUGACAUACUAACCAUUACAAUACAUUGACACUGUUUAAUUAGUUGCAGAAUAGGAAUUGGGCCUCAGCCCACUCUCAGUCAUAACACUACCAGGUAAGUUUCACUCAUUUUAGUGGGAGGAAUGAGAAUAAAAAGAUAAAAGGAAAUAUUUGAAUGGAGCUGCUGACCUUUUUUGUGGGGGGGAGGGGUUAUUCCUGUGCCUUUAAGAGCAGCAUGACAUGCAGAAAUUCAAAGCUGAGGAUCCCCACCCCCAAUUCCUUCUCCAAGCCUAAAGAGGCUGUGAUGAAAAAAAAAUGGCUUGCCUUGUCAAGUUUCUGCCUUGUGAUGCGAUUGCCCUGCCAGGAAAAAAAAAAACAGAGGCAGCACUAAUUGGAAAAGGAAGGAUUUAUGACUUAAGUCAGGAGAAAGGGACUAAGGAAUAAAAAAAAUAAAAUAAGUAGAGAAUUAAAGUAGUGUCUCUUGAGUGGUUCAGUUUGGUCUGCAUAAGGUAAUUUUGAACUAUCAGCUGCACACACUCUGUAAACAUAGUCACAAAAUCACUCCAAAGUUCAGUGAUGGUGGACCUUUAUCUAAGUUUUAUUGCUUCAUAAAACUCUUGCCAGUUCAAAGAAUGUACCUGUAGCAUUACAUUCUUUUCUGUACAAGGAGAUGCCGCUUUGGCUGCAUUCAGACAACAGCACAAUAAAACUUUGGUUUAUAAACUGUGGUUAAAUCGAACCCCAUUUAGUUGAAAUGUGUGAAAAAAGACAGUCCCACAAAUGAGAGCUUGCUGGUUGAACCCAAAUUGAGAUUUCAAACAAGGAUUUAUGGCUGACAUUAGUUAAUCACAGUUUGUAUUAGCACUGGUUUGCUGGCUUGUCUGAAUACACAAACCAUAGUUUAUUACACAGUGCUACUCCUCUCUCCUCCCGCUAUUCAGCCGCAGAGAGGGCAGAUUCAUUAAUAUUGAAGACACUGAUCUCCCCGCAUUGUCCCCCACAACCAAUACUGUAAAGUAGGCUCCAGGCUGAGUGUGUGUGACUGACCUAAGGUCAUCCAGCAAACUUCACAACACCAGUGGCGUAUCGCUAAUGGGGACACAGGGUAUCCCAUAUCGCUGGGCGCAUGCCGUUUCAUCACAUGGGGGGGGCACCAGCUGGGUCCCUGCACCCAGCCUCUCCUGCGGUGCAGUGACCCAGCUGGUGCCUGGCGGCUCCCCCCUGGGAAGCCACGGAGGGCAGGAGCCAGCCUACCACUGUGGCACCUGCCCGAGCCACCAGCUGCCAAGCCCCACCCCCAACCUCCUUGCAGGCUGACUCCUGCCCUCCCCUUUGGGGAAGAGCAGGAGCCUCCCUCAGGGAGAGAGGGGUUUGUGGCAGGUGGCCCAGGAAGCUCCUCAACAGUAGGCUGGCCCAGGAGCCGACCUGCCGCCAUGGUGCCCAUCUGAGCCCCCCCCCCCCACUUCUCCUGUCUUCCCUGCUGGCUCCCCUAAGUGGGGCACAGGGGGCCUGAGGAGCCAGUCAUGUCCUCAGGCGCCAUUUAGGCCUGGUAUACCACUGCAUGACAGAAUAAGUAUUUGAAUCUGUAUCUUCCAGAUCUUGGACUAAUACUAGCCAUUCCUGUUGGAAGAGAGGAAGCAAGAAGCAAACUGGAGUUUAUGCAUAGCCAAGGCUUGAUACAGGUGUCUCCAUCCAGCUAUUUCAACAAACUACAAUUAAAUUAAGAUCAGGCACAAGUAACCUAGUGUCUAUUCCAGUGUACCUCUCAACCUUCCCAGUUCUCUCCUUUCUUCAUAUGCAAAGUUUGAUUCAAAGCUUCCUGGACUGGUGAAGCUUCAACAUCUGAAUGCAAAUUUUUGGUUCCAUCAAGCUAUAUUUUGCCAUGUUGUCUAAAGGAAGGUAUCUCUGCAAAUGAGCAUUUGCUCCUUCCCCUCAAACUGGGAUCACAAACUGGGAUUGAACUGAAUUUUAGAAACCCAGUUUGUGGCAGUUUUCCAAAUCCCCUGCAUUCAGGCAUCAUGGUGAAAUGGUGCUUGGUCAAACCAGUCAAGAUCUGUAUGCAGAAGGAGGUACAAGGAAUGAGGGAAGCUUGCAAGCACUGUAGCGGGAUGAUUUUGUACCUGAGCUCAGUUUGUUGUGGCAUCUGAAUACAGACUAUGUUUCGUGGACUUUGAGCCCCAUCCAAAAGGUGGGAGCGAAUCCACAUCUGGGAGGGGUGCACCAGCCUUUCCAACAGCUUUGCCCUCCCAGGGCAUUUACCUCUGUGGAGGGGUGAUGCUGCCAGCAUGCAGCCACCACCGCCCCCCUGGCAAUGGAACACAGAGCCGAACAUAGCACCAGCAUCCCAGCACCCCCAGCGGCAUAGCCCCAGCUUUUACCAGUGUUAUACCAGCGGGCCGCAGUCUGGACUUAAUCCAGGCUUUUGACUGGCAUAAAUCCAUUGCAGCCCAUGGAGGCUUCUCAGCCACAGCGAGGCUUUGCGAGAGCCUCUUCGGGAGCAGUAGGGCAGCACCACAGAGGGGCCCGCCACCUCCUGUGUGAGUGGGGCUGCCCCUCACAACCUAUGAUUUAAACAAACCAUAGUUUAGUACAAGGUCUGAAUAUAACCCUGGUAUGCAGCACAACAUACAGGAGCAUGAGAAAGAAACAGUCACAGCAGCCUUUUUUCUCAUUGCAUCAGGAAAUAUAAGAAUUUUUUGGGUUGUGGGUGCCUGGAUACUGUGAGGACUUUGGGAGCUGAGUGCUCAGGUACAUGGGGGCCCAAUUCAGAUUGGGACCACAGUGCACAGAAAGAAGGCACUAAAGCCUUCCCUGAAAUCUUUUUCCUAAUCUGAAACAGCUGCAGAAAGCUGCUAGUUGGAGAAACUCAAGGUUAGUCAUCAGUUCACAUGCACUUCCCCAACUGGCAAAUAGUAACUCCCCAGUGCUAUUAAAGAUCAGGAAAAUGGCACAGGGUGAGGGAGGCUUAAGCCACCGAUCCAAAUCUGCCCCCUCGCAUCUGGGAAUUAAAUUUCCAGCAGGGAACCUCAAAAACACUUCUGUCAAAAUCCACUUGCGGAACCUGUGAACUUUGUAACUUGUGGAUUAGCCUAUAUAAAUUCUUUCCAUUGUACAAAGUGUGUUACUUGCUUCACUUACACAAUUAUUAUCUAAUCAUAUUCAUGGACUCAAAUUGUAUUCAUGCUUAAACUCCUUCUACAAUCAAUGCUUAGUAGCUGGGUUCCCUUUAUUUUCACCAUUAAUUAAUUUGUCCCAUACUGCAAAUCCCUCUGAAGAUUGUAACCUUCAUUAUCUCAGUGUGAUAAAGUAUGUCUGUUUCAGCA